AUGCAGACCAAGGACCAGAAUGCUGAGGCCGGAAAGACAUCAAGCGCUAUGCAACCACCUAAAGCCAAGACCGUCGAUGCUGAGAAUGAAGUUUCGGCGACCAGAAAUGCGACGCCACGAGCAGCUGAUAAGUCACGUAAAAUUUCAGAAAACAAGAAGCCGCAGACGCCCGCACGUGCUCGGUUGGAGUCGGAGGGCAAAGAGAACGACACACCAUCUUCAACGAGCAGUCGCAAGUCAAAGGAAGCAGCUUUCAAUCGACUCCAGGAACUCGCACCAGAUAUCGCCUUGUAUGAGAAGGAGAAGAAGCGAGUCGGAGGUGUGAUCUAUGGCGGGCGAAGAAAGAGCGACGAGGACAGAGUCGUGCUGAACAACGCUAAGAAACGCAGAUCAGUGGAGCCGCAGGAAGAAAGCGACGAAGACAAUGCGACGGAGGCGAAGAGACAGAAGAAGUCGAAACCUCCUAUUGCCAUGCACCUUCUUAUUACUGGAUAUCAGAAGUGGGUGGGCAACCUGAAGAAAGAGGAUGCAGACAAGCGACAACUUCGUGACCUUGGAAUCAUGGUUGUGCAAGAUGCACGAAGAUGCACGCAUCUCGCCGCCCCGUCUAUAUUGCGAACCCCCAAAUUCGUCAAUGCGCUGGCAUACGGUCCUGCGAUUGUGAACAUUGAUUUCAUCACAGAGUGUCUCAACAAGAAUGAGCUUCUGAACCCUGACGACUACCCCUUGGUGGACAAAGCCGCCGAAAAGAGAUUUGGCUUCUCUCUUGAAGAAGCGAGGACCAAGGCGAAGAAGAACAAGAACAGGCUCCUGCAGGGCUAUCAAAUCUACUGCGUUGAGACCAUCCGUGGAGGAUUUGAAGCGUUCAAGUCCAUUGUAGAUAUCAAUGGAGGGACCUGCAUCCUUUUCCGCGGAAGGGUCUCCUACCACGCGCAGCGGGAAGAGAGCGAAGAUGAUAGCUCAACUGAGAGUGGCCCCAAUCGCAGAGACGUUUACCUUCUUAGCAGUGUAUCGCCUGAACAUCAGAAGCUCUGGCCACGAUUUUCACAGUUGGCACAGAGCAUGAGCAAGACACCACGAAUCGUGCGUGUAGACUGGCUUCUGGACAUUGCCAUGUCUCAGGAGCUGCGUACGGCUGAGGGAUAUGAGCUAAAAGAAGACAUGAUUGACCAGGACGACAAGUAG